AUGGAUACCAUAUAUUAUGUCAUCUUGAUAUUGCUCGCCCUCUUUGUUGUAGGACCUGCACUAUUUGCAGACCGCUCACCCAUCCCCGAGACCUCAGGCAACGUCCACAAAAUUGCCGAGGCCGCCGAGUUGGAUACCGUCUUGUCCUCCAACAAGCAUGUGGUGGUAGACUUCUACGCGGAUUGGUGUCCGCCGUGCCGUGCCAUUGCGCCAAUCUUUUCAAAGCUAGCUGACCAGCACGCCUCGAGCGGCCAUCUUGCCUUCGCUAAGGUCAACGUCGACCAUGUCAAGAACGUUGCUGCGCGAUACAAGGUCUCUGCGAUGCCGACCUUUGUGUUCUUUCAAAAUGGCGAGCCUAAGGGUGUGACUGUCGAGGGACUUAAGGCCCGGCAGUCUGUGAAACUCACCGAUGACGGGCUGGUUGACAGGGUUCUGGGUGCGGAUCGAGCGGCGCUGGAGGCGGUUAUUCAGGCUCUGGCCGGUAAGGCUAAGUAA